AUGAACAUAGUACACAACGAUUGUAGUAAUAUCAAUGAAGAAUUGAGUUCUAGCGAUACUUAUACUGAACCAGACAAACAAGAUAAGCCAGCCAUGGACUCAUUCGAUAGGAACUUUGAUACUGAAGAUAUCAAUCGGACUAUUCAAACGUUGAAGAUUGAUAAUGAUGAGUUUCUGUUUGUUCAUAAAAGUGAUAAUACCGAUAGUGUUGGAGACAUUAGGGAGAUUGGUGAUAAUGAUAGUGUCAAAGUAGAUGCCACAACGACGUUAAAACCUCAAUCCCCCAGUAAAUCCAUCAUGAAGAAGACCCCUAAUUCUUCACCCCGAAAAAACGUAGUAUUUACUCAAAACAACCCCCAAGUCAUUCAUUACCAUGAUCAACUGGAAGAUUCUCAUGAUAACAUGGAAUUCAGUGAUAAAAUAGAACAAACUUUAAACCAUCAAUGGAAUUUAGUUGAAGAAGAUGAACCUCCAGUACCUCCACCUCAUACUGUAACAUUAAACAACUUUGCUGAAAACUUACACAAAACUGCUUUAGAUAAUGAAAAUGAUGAAAACUUCAAGAAACUCAAUAAGAAUGAAACAUUGCAUCGAUUCAAACUUAAUCAAGAUAAGAUUUCAUUGAAUGAAAAAUUGGGAUUAUUCUUAGAUUCCAACCUGAAAGAUGAAUUGGAUCAACAUUUGUCCAACUUGGAUACUUCCACACAACUCCAGACCAAUGAGAAUAUCCAGAACUUAUCGUUAAACUUGCAAGAUUACCAUUCUAACGUGGAAAAUCCCCUUAAUUCCUUAUCUAAAUCCAAUGAAGUACCUUUAAGGUCAGCUGGGUCUUCCCAAUCCAGUUUACAGUCAUUAUUGGAUAACAAUAGAUCGUUGGAAAUGAAUAAGUUACACAAAGGUAAUAAAGGAUUAGAAUUGAAUGAUGGGAUUCAUGGAUUUUCCAAUGAUUUGGUUGAACAAUUGGCUAAUGAAGAAUUGGUUACUCAACCGGAAAGAGAUGUUUCUGAUGAGUCAGGGAUGUUGAUGAUGCCCAAAUCGACCUCUAAUAGGUUAUCGAUGAUAACUGUGGGGACCAUGGGGAGCUUUUCUGAUGAGUAUCAUGAUUCAUUUGAUGAUUAUAAUACCGAACAAUCUAUAAUGAAUUUACUUGAGCCGGUAGCCAAGGGAGAAACCGAAGAAGUCAAAGGAACUAGCGAAACCAAGCAAACCGACCAAACCAAAGAAACCCACCAAACCAAAGAAACAGACCAAACCAAAGAUCCUGUGAUCAAGAAAGAAAUCACCGUCAAAGAUGAAUUUGAUCCUUUCUUUGAACCCACCAUUAAGUCAGAAUUCACAGAACUUAAAACAGAAAUCGAAAGACCUAUACUUCAAACUCCUGAAGAUAUCGAUACCGAUGCUGAUGAAGCCGACGUAGAAGCCGACGAAGACGAUGCUGAUGAAGACGACGAAAACCUCUCACCUCACUUGGAUAUCAGACACAAUGUCGACGAUGAUUGGAAAUUGGAAUACAGUGAAGAUGGUGAUAAAGAAGAUAACGAUAUUUAUACCAACAACGAUGUCACCAUGAUAAGUCAAGCUGAUACUAAAAUAGGACCAGAUUUCUUGAAGAAGGAAUUGGAAGUUAACUUUUCUCCUAAUUCAUCUCAAGAGAUUAUGGAAUCUCCAAGAUCUUUAGCACCUCCAAGAUCUCUGGAAUCUCCUGUUAAGAUUCCAAAGGUAGAUAUUGCUAUUGAUGCCACUAAUCCUCCAACACCUGUUAGAAUGAGUAGAGACUCGGGAUUUGCUCAAGAUAAAGAACCAUCUAAGUUACCUACUACCACUGUAAGACAAGAACAAGAACAAUUACAACUCCAAGGGUCCCCCAUAAGGAAAUCUUUUGUACCUUCAAUCAAGAAUUUGACAUCAGCUCCUACAGUUUCAUUGAGUUCGGUUUCUGCUUCCAAGGAAGAACCGUUAGAGCCUGUUGAAAUCGGAGACGUUGAGGAGAUAGAAGAUGAGGUUCCUUUGGAAAGUGUGCAGAAGGUACAAGAGAAGGUAGAAAGUGUACAGAAGGUAGAAAGCGUAGAGAAGGCAGAAAGUGUAGAGAAGGCAGAAAAUGAAGUUGACAGAGAACCCCAUGAAACUUCCUUCGAUACUGUAUUACAUCACGAUGAAGAUAAAGAAAUCCUCGCUAAUUCCACCAACGUUGCUCCAGAAGAAAUAACCCUUCCUCCUAUUGAACCUACCAAUUACUCCUCCUUUGAAGAAAUCACCAGAAAUCUUAACCAGUCCGAUGAUUUCGAACAAUCAUUGUCUGCUGAAUUCGAUGAAGAGAAACCUACCAAGCCAACCAACUUCUUGAGUAUCUGGCAUUCUCAAGGUAAAAACCAUCAUCCUGUGAGUAAGAAACCCAUCAACACCAGUAAUAUCAGUAUCUAUGAUCCAUCAGCUCAAGAUUUCAAACUUCCUUCCACAGUCAAAGAUAAGAAAUUCAAAGAAGUCAAUGUGAUGUCUAGACGGGUGGUUAGUCCUCAUGAUGUUGAUUUGAAUGUCACUGACUUUUUACCUGAAUUAUCUCAAGAUUCUGGUUUUGUAGGUCAAUUCCAACAUGUUAUUGAUUAUAAUACUAGUGGUAGAUUAAGCAGAACUCCUUUGAGUGAUAAGAAUAUUCUCAACGAAGACGUGGAACAAGAUAUGGAACAACUCGUCGAACAAGAUGAUAUACUUGACCAAUCAGCUGACCACCACGAUCAAAAAAGUCUUGAAAUUGAAUAUUUGAAACCAAAAACUUACCCAAAAACCUUAAAACCUUCGUUACCUUCCCAACCAAUGGAAAGAAAGAAAUCCAAAUUUAAAGUUCCUUCCUUCGAAAUCAAACGUUCAGAUUCAAAAUUAAACACCAGAGAUAAGUAUAAUGACAUUUUUGAUGAAUCAGCUAUUAACAAUUCCAUCACCAUCAAAGGUUCAGGUAUGAAAACUUUACCAAGUAUGGAUAAAGAAGAUGUACAGAAGAUUUUGAGUACCAAAAGAAUCAUUAGUCAAGAAGAAUACUCUCAAUUGAAAUUAGUAGGUAAGAAAGGAUCUGUUGAUAAAUUUGAUUCAGCUAGUCAAAAGGCUUCUAUCUAUGAUAUCAAUUCAAGUCAUGAUGAUGAAGUAUUACCUCAUUUAGCUAAUGAGUUGAUGAAGAAUCCAAUGGCUUUAACUUCUAAAGAUCAAGUAUUUAAUGAUUCUGAUCUUUAUACUAAUGGAUCUCGAGUUGCCAGUAAAGAAACCGUUCUUAAGACUGAUAUCUUAGAAGAUAGUGAUGAUGAUUUACCAAAUCCUGAUCCGGAAAUCUUACAUAGAGGUAUUUUCAAAACUCCUCCAAGAGAGAAAACCAAGAGUCCUAUAAAGAUCACUUCUCCUAUUAAAUUGGUUAAAAAGGGGUCAACAGUUACUUCAGUGGUAUUAGAUCAAAAUAAUCAUACUAUGAAGAAAGGUAAAGGAUAUGGACAAUUGGUUCAAGACGAAGAUAAAGAAAAUCGUUUAGAAAGUGUUCAUUUACCUACUAAAUCCUUAGAAAAACCCGUGGUGGUUUCCGUACCUUCAGUAUACUCAAAUGUUACUGAACCUUCAACAGCUUCAUCCAAAACCUUGUUAAACCAUUCAAAGAAUCCUUCAUGGAAACAACAUUCUAUUCAAGAAAGUGUUAUACGGGAAAAUACUGGAUCUAUGGAAAGAGGAAGAUUAUUCUUCCGAGUGGUGGGAUUGAAAAAUAUCAAUUUACCUGAUAUUGAAGGUCAUAAUGGAGAAUUCUCUGUAACGUUAGAUAAUGGUGUUCAUUGUAUUAAGACCCCUAACUAUAAAUUUGAAAAUUCUAAGGUAUCAAUAGGUAAAGAAUUUGAAUUGAUGGUCGGUGAUAGUUUGGAAUUCAUCUUAACUAUGAAAAUGACUUAUGAAAAACCUAAAGGGAAAUUGGUAGAAGUUAAAGAAAGAAAGAUUGUUAAAUCUAAAAGUAGACUUAGUAGAAUGUUUGGUUCUAAAGAUAUCAUUACUACUACGAAAUUUGUUGCAUCUGAUCCUGUAGAUCCAUGGGAUUCUAAAUUUGCUCCUGAUGGUUCAUUUGCUCGUUGUUAUGUUGAUUUAGCUCAAUAUGAACUGAAAAUCAAUUAUACUGCUAAUUCUUUUGAUAUUCCAUGUUUCAAUGAAUGGGAAACCAUAAUUACCAAAUCGGGUAAUAUUAAGGCCAAACCUUACGUAAUCGGAAAUCUUGAAGUUAAGAUGUUAUAUAUUCCUCGAACGGAAUUACAUGAAUCAUUACCUAGUAGUAUUAAAUCAGCUUAUGAUGUUAUUGAUCAAAUAGAAGAAGAGAAAACUUAUCAAUUUGAAGGAUAUAUGAAUCAAGAUGGAGGUGAUUGUGAAAGUUGGAAACGGAGAUAUUUCAAAUUAAAAGGUGCUUCUUUAAUAGCUUAUAGUGAAGUGAAUCAUAAAACUAGAGCUAAAAUCAAUUUAUCUAAAGUUAUUGAUGUGAUUUAUGUUGAUUCGAAAUCUACUGGUACCAAGAAGACUCGUGAUUUUAGUGAUGUCUUGUUAGUACCUGAAAGUUUCAAAAUUAAAUUUGCUAAUGGAGAAUUAAUUGAUUUUGGCGCUCCUUCAAUGAAAGAGAAGUUCCAAUGGAUUGAAUAUUUCAACAAGAUAAGUCAACAUAAUAGAUAUAGGAGAUUACCUUGGGUAAAGAAGAUGUUGGAGGAUAGUGACACCAAGUCUAAUAAUCCUUUUUAUAAUAAGCAAACCAGAGAGUUUCUGUAG